AUGAUCAGAUGGUUUUCCUUCAAGUUGACAAUUCAAACUCGAAUCCACAUUUCUUCUUCUUCUUAUUCUUCUUCUUUUGAUGUUAAAGCACUCUCGUCAUACAGUAGUAGUAGUACAAGCAACAGUAUCUCUUCAUACCGAUUCAUAUCUUCCUCAUUUGUUAUCAACAACAACAACUACAACACCACAAGUAAUAACAAAACAACAAGUUCAUUAUUACUUCAAGAUAGAUUAUUAAAUAAUAAUAAUCUUCGAUUUAAAUCAAACAGCAGUACUAAAACUACAACAACAACAACUAUCAAAGCACUACAAGAAAAGAUGGAUCCAUUCAUUCCACAAGCAAGACAAUUUGUCAAUUUUAUCGAUAGUGCUCCAUCUCCUUAUCAUGCCACUUCUCAAGUAGCAGAGAUGCUCAAGCAAAAGGGUUUCAUUCAAUUGUCUGAAAAGCAAGAAUGGGAUAUUAAACCAAACGGAAAAUACUUCUUUACCAGAAAUCAAUCAUGUGUAUCUGCAUUUAUUGUUGGUGGAAAGUUUAAUGGAGGAAAUGGAUUUAAUAUUGCAGCAGCUCAUACUGAUAGUCCAAAUUUAAAGGUACGUCCAGUAUCAAAUGUUGAGAGUGCUGGUUAUUUACAAGUUGGUGUAGAGACGUAUGGUGGUGGUCUUUGGUACACUUGGUUUGAUAGAGAUUUGACUGUGGCCGGUCGUGUCAUUAUCAAGGGUGCCGAUGGCAGCUUUGAGUCAAAGUUGGUGCAUGUCAAGCGUCCAAUCUUGCGUAUUCCAUCGUUGGCCAUCCAUUUGGACCGUAGUGUCAACUCGGACGGCUUCAAAUACAACGCACAAAACCAUAUUGUACCCAUCCUUGCCAGUCAGAUCAACGCCAAGUUGACCAACGGCGACGGUGAAAACUACGAGAACAAGAAGCAUCAUCCCAUCCUCCUCGAUAUUCUCGCUAAAGAGUUGCACUGCUCAGUCAAUGAUAUUCAAAACUUUGACCUGUCGAUUUGUGAUACUCAACCAGCCGCCAUCGGUGGUGCACUCCAAGAAUACAUCUUUUCGCCACGUUUGGAUAACUUGUGCAUGUCGUAUUGCUCGAUCGAAGGUUUGUUGCGUGUCUCUGACGAACACAUCAAGCAAGAAGAGUCGGUCUUGUCAGUCGUCCUCUUUGACAAUGAAGAGGUUGGAUCGAGCUCGCCUCAAGGUGCCUGUGCCCCACUCAUCACCGAUACUAUCACCCGUGUCAACCACUGCUUUGUACCAGCUGGCAAAGACAUCAACACGAUCGUCGACUUGUCGUUGCGUCGUUCGUUCCUCGUCUCGGCCGACAUGGCCCACGCCAUCCACCCCAACUACUCUGGUCACCACGAACCACUCCAUCGCCCACAACUCAACAAGGGUCCCGUCAUCAAGUACAAUGCCAAUCUCCGUUACGCUACCACUGGUCCCACCUCAUUCACCAUCCUCGAGUUGGCCAAGCGCAACGGUAUCCCCGUCCAAGAGUUCCUCGUCAAGAACGACUCGCCAUGCGGUUCCACCAUCGGUCCCAUCAUCUCGGGUUCCUACGGUAUCCGUACCGUCGACAUUGGCAAUCCACAACUUAGUAUGCACAGUAUCAGAGAGACUUGCGGUGUUGUCGAUAUCACCUAUGGUUUCCAAUUGAUUCAGAAAUUCUUUGAACAAUUUUCAAUCCUUGAUAAAUCAAUUAAAGUUGAUUUAGAAUAA